GGGCGUGUCAUUCAGGGUUCACGACACACACCAGACAACAUGUCGUCCGGACCAGUCGCAGUUUUUGCCGUCCUCCUAGUUCUGGCAGCCCUGUUCUCGGGAGGGGAAGGGUAUGGUAGCGGGGCUCCCACGUCUGCAUGCACGUCCCAACAGCCGGGCCACACCGGUACCACGGCCCAGACCAGCGCCAGCCCCUACAGCCUGACCGUGUCGUCUUCUCAGUACACCCCGGGGCAGACUCUCACGGUGCAAAUAACAGGAGGAGACUUCCAAGGGUUUCUCAUCCAGGCCCGGAAAGUCGGCACCACCGAGGCUGUUGGAUUCUUCAGUUCGCUCCCCUCCGGAACCAAGUCCAACGACUGUGACAACGCGGUGGCUUCUGGGACCAACACCGCCACCCACAGCAGCACCGCAACCAAACGCGACCUGGCCCUCACGUGGAGCGCACCGCAGGAACAGGCAGGGCAGGGGACGGUCGAGUUCGUCUGCGAGCGCAAGGGACAACCGCUGCAACAGGUGCCACUCCCACGGGAUCGUCUCAAACAGGUGCACCUGCGACCACUGACAGCCCUGGGUCAGACCAAAAUGCUGUCCGUUGUUGUUCUGCUGUCCAUGCUGAUAGCAGCUGCCCAGGGGCAGACCUACCUGUCCACGGACGGACAGCACUUCAAGCUAAACGGCCAGAGAGUGUUUCUGUCUGGAGUUAACAUGGCCUGGUGUCGGUACGGAAGUGACUUUGGUGGAGGCUUGUACUACUCCUACAAGUCUUCCUCAUCCUGUCCGAGUUCGAAGUCUAAAUACGAACAGGCCAUACAGGACAUCGCUAAUAAUGGCGGCAACUCUCUUCGUGUGUGGCUGCACGUGGAAGGCCAGGAGACUCCCGAGUUCUCCUACUGGGGCUCCGUCACAGGUACAGAUGCCACGGAACAGCUGAUCAGCGAGCUACAGGACAUGCUGGGCUUUGCACAGCGGCAUAACGUGUUGGUGUUCCUGGUGCUGUGGAACGGCGCUCACCAUGGAAACAACUUCUGGAAGGUUCGCGACCUGGUCUGGGACGACCUGAAACUUGGCACGUACGUGGACCAGGCGCUCAAACCGCUGGCUCUGGGGCUGAGACACGAGAGGGCACUGGGUGGCUGGGAGAUCAUGAACGAACCGGAGGGGAGUGUGCGGGUCCAGCACGACUCUGACCCCUGCUACAACACCGACUUCCUGGCGGGUAGCGGGGUCGGCUGGGCCGGGCACACGGACGGGACAUAUCUCCCCAUGCAUCGCAUGCUCCGGUUCAUCAACCGGCAGAUCGCAGCCAUAAAGGAGGUAGAUCCGAACCACCUGGUGACGGUAGGGUCAUGGUCGGAGAAGGGGCAGGGCAUCCGGAACCUGUACACGGACGACUGUCUGCAGAAGGCCGGAGACUACGCAUACCGCGCAGGCGUACUGGACUUCUACCAAAUCCACACCUACUCCGGGACUGGCAGCUACGGCAGUCAGGCACCCUUCCGUGUGUCCCACUCCAGAGAGUACUCCUCUCUCAGUGGACGGCCGAUCGUCAUUGGGGAGUUCAGCCAGGCGAGAGGCGGUGGUAUGAGCAUCACAGAGCAGUUUAACCGGGCGUACUACUACGGGUACGUCGGGGCGUGGAGCUGGCACUACAGCGGCGGAGGUGACGGGACGGACAACACCGACACUCAGAUGAGGGGACUCCGCUGGCUCCAGAACAAGAACGACCAGAACAAGGGCGGAUGCGUCAAGAUCAACCUGAACGGAGGGACCAACAGGUGCGGCAGCGGCCGGUAAGCUCAGCCACGCCGACUGGGACG